UUCCGCGUCCGGCGCGAGGUCACCGCGAUGGCGGCGGCGCGAGCGCGGCGGGCGGGAGCCUCGCUGCUUUCGGCUGCAGUCCGGCACCGGAGUUCCCAGAGCUCAUCCCCACAGCCAGGACUUGUUGCCAAAACUUCCCUGACUUCACCCCCAUGGCCUGAAGUGAAACUUCCAGAUCCAGUGGAAGAAGCCAAGUAUCAUGCAGAGGUGGUGCGGAAGGUGAACGGGCUGAUCGCGGCGGGGCACUACGGGCGCCUCUUCGCCGUCGUGCACUUCGCCAGCAAGCAGUGGAAAAUCACCAGUGAGGACCUCAUCAUGAUGGACAACGUCCUGGAGGCCGAGUGUGGAGACCGGAUCCGGAUGGAAAAGGUUUUGCUGGUUGGUGCUGAUGACUUCACGCUCAUUGGAAGGCCGCUGCUGGGGAAGGACCUGGUCCGUGUGGAGGCCACGGUGAUCGAGAAGACGGAGUCGUGGCCCAAGGUCAACAUGCGCUUCUGGAGGAGGCACAACUUCCAGAGGAAGAAAAUCAUUGCAAACCCCCAGACCGUCCUCCGGAUCAACACCAUCGAGAUCUACCCGUGCUUGUCCUGACUGGGGAGGUGUUCUGGGAAUCAUUGCUGCUCCAGGCAGCUGUGGAAAUAAAACUGCCUCAGCACUGGGGAGUUCUGGACUUCUUAUUGUGGUGGGAAAUGGAAAUCUCUGUGUGCUUUCUUUUUAAAAUAAUGAAACAUUUUUUUGAAAUGUU